UGUCACUUUUACGCGGGAGCUGCAAAAGGAUGCGUUUUAAAGAGGUGACAGUCAUCUGUCUGCUUCCUCAUUUUGGUGUUUAAGGUGUAUUUUCGGCCUGGUCGCUGAUCAUCAGGAAAGCGAAGUUUGUGUGACUUAAGUACGACUAAAACAAGUGUAAGAGCAAACUGAAAAUUCGUGGCUAUUAAGAUUUCAAAAUGAAAUCAUUAAUUGAGUUUCUACAAUUCAGUUCCUGUGUAUCCCCGCAUGUGAAUCAGAGUCUAAUUUAUAUACCCAAUGAACUAUACGGUUGAUUUUAUUCGUAUUGGAUGGACAAAACCAGUUUCAGAUGAUCACUUCACGUCUGCAUGCACUAUAUCUUUACUCAAAGGGCCUAAGCUUAUACUUGUGGAUCCAGGUAGCCCAUGGGACUCAAAACUGCUUUCUUCUCGAUUAAAGGAUCGCGGCAUAAAUCUUUCCGACAUUGAUUAUGUCAUUUGCACGCAUGAACAUAUUGAUCAUAUUGGAAGUCUGCACCUAUUUCCAAACGCUACACGCAUUAUUGGGAACACUUUCGAGAUGCCAGAGCAUAAAGACUGCUUUUCUAUAAUUAAAAUUCCAUUUGAAAUAGAUUCUUAUGUUCAUGUGGUAUCUACUCCAGGUCACACCCAUACCGAUGUAUCAGUGAUUGUCGAAAAUGUCGACUUCUUUGGUCGUCUGGCGAUAGUGGGUGAUCUCUACGAAUGUGAAGAAGACAUAAAUGAAUCAUUUUUGUGGCAGUCAUCUAGUAGUAACGUAACUGUACAAGAGAAAAACCGGAAACACAUUUUUGAUACGGUCGACUAUAUUGUUCCAGGACAUGGACCUGCUUUUAGAGUCACUAAAAGAGAGUGAGGUCGGUUGUAUACAGGAUUACUGCAGUCCUUAUAAUAAUUGUAAUUUUAACUCUGAAAAUGUUAUUCUUUAUAUGCAUUUUGCAGAUCCCAGAAGCAACAGUGUAAACUUACUACCUAUAUCUUUUUAACGUUAAAUUAUCCAAUAGGCUUUUGAAAUCUGACAGUCAAUUUAUUUGUUAUAUAUUUGACAGUCCUAGUUGUUUCAGAUGAUUGUAAUAAUAAUACACAUUGCUUCUGAAUGAAAAUGACAGUUAUUAUUUUAACCAGAUUAUCUUCACUAUUACUGUGAAAAUACCCCCAGCACGUCUGCAUCUUGUAACUACUACCUUUAUUCCUUGAUGUAAUUUUAGCAUUUCCGCAAUUCUCUAAACUGAUACUGGUUAUCUGGCUUAUUAUUAAUAAUUGAUUAUUACAAUCAAUAAAUAGUCAUUUCAAGGGCUAAGCUGUUACCAUUUCUCCAUUACUUAUUAUACAUGAUUAC